AUGAGUGACCACCCGCUGAAGGAGAUGUCCGACAGCAACAGCAGCCCUCUCCUGCCGGAGCCUCUUUCCAGCAGGUACAAACUGUACGAGUCAGAACCAAGCAGCCCUACCUGGCCUUCGAGCCCCCAGGAUACACACCCAGCCCUUCCCCUGCUGGAAAUGCCUGAAGAAAAGGAUCUCCGGAAAUCUGAUGAAGACAGCCACAUAGUGAAAAUUGAAAGACCCAAUGAAAGGAACAAAAGAAGGGAAAAUGAGGUGCCCCGCAGGGCUUCUUCCAGCCAGGGAGGCUUCAACCUCUUCCAAGCUGUGGGCUAUCUCACUGGUGACAUGAAGGAAUGCAAGAACUGGCUGAAAGAUAAGCCCCUGGCCCUCCAGUUCCUAGACUGGGUCCUGCGGGGAGCAGCUCAGGUGAUGUUUGUCAACAACCCCCUUAGUGGGUUCAUCAUCUUCAUAGGGCUCCUGAUCCAGAAUCCCUGGUGGACAAUUGCUGGGGCACUGGGGACAGUGGCCUCAACCUUAGCUGCCCUUGCCUUAAGCCAGGACAGGUCAGCCAUUGCCUCUGGACUCCACGGCUACAAUGGGAUGCUGGUGGGACUGCUGAUGGCCGUGUUCUCCGAGAAGUUAGACUACUACUGGUGGCUUCUGUUUCCUGUGACCUUCACCUCCAUGGCCUGCCCAGUUAUUUCUAGUGCCUUGAGUAGCAUCUUCACCAAGUGGGAUGUGCCAGUCUUCACACUGCCCUUCAAUAUUGCCUUAACGCUGUACCUGGCAGCUACAGGCCACUACAACCUCUUCUUCCCCACGACACUUGUGGAGCCUGUGUCUUCAGCUCCCAACAUCACCUGGACAGAGAUUGAGAUGCCUUCGCUGUUACAAACCAUCCCUGCUGGGGUCGGCCAGGUCUAUGGCUGUGACAACCCCUGGACAGGCGGCGUGAUCCUAGUGGCCCUGUUCAUCUCCUCACCACUCAUCUGCUUGCAUGCAGCCAUAGGGUCAAUCGUGGGGCUACUAGCAGCACUGACUGUGGCCACACCCUUUGAAACGAUCUACAUGGGCCUUUGGAGCUACAACUGUGUCCUCUCCUGUAUCGCCAUUGGAGGCAUGUUCUACGCCCUCACCUGGCAGACACACCUGUUGGCACUAGCCUGUGCCCUGUUCUGUGCAUACUUGGGAGCAGCCCUCUCCAAUAUGAUGGCAGUGGUUGGUGUGCCACCAGGUACCUGGGCCUUCUGUCUCUCCACCCUCACCUUCCUCCUCCUGACGAGCAACAACCCUGCCAUCUACAAGCUCCCGCUCAGCAAAGUCACCUACCCAGAGGCCAACCGCAUCUACUUCCUGACAAUGAAAAGCAAUGAAGAAGAGAAGCCCCCCAAUGGUGACUAGCCCAGCUCCAAGCAGAAACACUCUUACCUGAACCCUUGUGGUCUCAACUCUGGCCAAGCACCUUAGCACACUUUCUGUGCCUCUCCUUGCACCUGUGUCAAAUCAAACGCACCUGGUCCUCCCUAACCCUGAGGCCGAUUUGCUCUCUCUGCCCAGACCUUUAUUACUACCCUUGGUGCGGCAUUAAAGGAAGCUGGUAUGCCCUUGCUGGAA